AUGGACUACAGCUCCAUUGCCAGUGCUGCCAACACUGCCAACCAUGCCACCUGUUCUCACAUUUGCACCAGCCAGCUGUGCCUUCAGCCCUCACUGCUGCUCCAUUUCCACCAUCAUCAUCACUACAUCUGGGUUCAGAAGCAGCUUCCCAGCAUCCCCACCUACUCCAAGGUUGGAGAGCCUUCAAAUGUGACCAAUGACAUCAGUCCUGCAGAGAACUUUGACACAACUGAAGAUGAAGUCACCACCCUGAAGAACCUAGAACAACAGCUUCAGACUGGAAUUGAAGCGUUAAAGAGAAAACUCAACCCCUCUCAGACAAGGGAGAGAAGAGUGUAUUUAGGAAAAGACAACCUAAUUAGUGCGAGUGAGAGUGCGAGUGAGAGUGCGAGUGAGAGUGCGAGUGAGAGUGCGAGUGAGAGUGCGAGUGAGAGUGCGAGUGAGAGUGCGAGUGAGAGUGCGAGUGAGAGUGCGAGUGAGAGUGCGAGUGAGAGUGCGAGUGAGAGUGCGAGUGAGAGUGCGAGUGAGAGUGCGAGUGAGAGUGCGAGUGAGAGUGCGAGUGAGAGUGCGAGUGAGAGUGCGAGUGAGAGUGCGAGUGAGAGUGCGAGUGAGAGUGCGAGUGAGAGUGCGAGUGAGAGUGCGAGUGAGAGUGCGAGUGAGAGUGCGAGUGAGAGUGCGAGUGAGAGUGCGAGUGAGAGUGCGAGUGAGAGUGCGAGUGAGAGUGCGAGUGAGAGUGCGAGUGAGAGUGCGAGUGAGAGUGCGAUUGAGAGUGCGAUUGAGAGUGCGAGCGAGAGUGCGAGCGAGAGUGCGAGCGAGAGUGCGAGCGAGAGUGCGAGCGAGAGUGCGAGCGAGAGUGCGAGCGAGAGUGAGAGCGAGAGGGAGAGCGAGAGGGAGAGCGAGAGGGAGAGCGAGAGGGAGAGCGAGAGGGAGAGCGAGAGGGAGAGCGAGAGGGAGAGCGAGAGGGAGAGCGAGAGGGAGAGCGAGAGGGAGAGCGAGAGGGAGAGCGAGAGGGAGAGCGAGAGGGAGAGCGAGAGGGAGAGCGAGAGGGAGAGCGAGAGGGAGAGCGAGAGGGAGAGCGAGAGGGAGAGCGAGAGGGAGAGGGAGAGGGAGAGGGAGUGGGAGAGGGAGAGGGAGAGGGAGUGGGAGAGGGAGAGGGAGAGGGAGAGCGAGAGGGAGAGCGAGAGGGAGAGGGAGAGGGAGAGGGAGAGGGAGAGGGAGAGGGAGAGGGAGAGGGAGAGCGAGAGGGAGAGCGAGAGGGAGAGCGAGAGGGAGAGCGAGAGGGAGAGCGAGAGGGAGAGCGAGAGGGAGAGCGAGAGGGAGAGCGAGAGGGAGAGCGAGAGGGAGAGGGAGAGGGAGAGGGAGAGGGCGAGGGCGCGGGCGAGGAAUAGUGCCACAGUGCAUACGCACCAGAUUGCCAACACGGGGAAGGUGGUGAGUGCUGUUGGCAUUGCCAUCAGUGUGUGCCAGCUGUCACCAAAAUCCCAUGAGGACAUUCGACUUGUUUACAAAACACCUCCCACGAUGUAG